CUUAGAUUAGAUUAGAUCCUCCUCUUGCUCCCAACGCGAGUUCUUCAUGAAUCAAGACUUUCAGUUUGACUUUCACUUUCAAAGCUCCGUCCUGUAAAGGUCGAAGGCAUAUAUCCGCGCUAUCUGUGAAUAGUGCUUGUGCUAGUACGGAGUGCCACCGAUAUUUCCCAUUUGACCGCAAUUUCCACGUGGUGUUUCAUUGAUCUCGACGCGUCCGUGUUGUUUAGCCACUCUCGCGAACAGUGACGUCUCGUGCUCACUUUUAAACUUGCACAUUAACACAUACCACAUACCAAGGAGAGCAGCCAGGAAGCACAAGGCAGGCGUUCAAGAAAUAUGCCUUUGGUGCGCAUCGAAGUAUGCGACUUCAAGUCCUAUAGGGGUCACCAAAUUAUUGGACCCUUUCACAACUUCACUUCUGUUAUAGGUCCCAAUGGAGCGGGUAAAUCCAAUCUUAUGGACGCCAUUUCUUUCGUUCUAGGUGUCAAGAGCGCCCAACUGAGAAGUAGUCAGUUGAAGGAUUUGGUAUACCGUGGAAGACGAUUGGCAAGGAGCCAAGAAGGGUCCGAAGCUCAAGAAGAGGAGGAAGAAGAGGGUGAUGGGGAGGGAACAGCUACCAAGGCCUGGGUCUUAGCCGUAUACGAGGAUGCGGACAAGAAAGAAUGGCGGUUCCAGCGGACCAUCUCAAUCAAUGGCUCCUCUGAGUACAAGCUUAACAACAAAGUUGUGCCGUACUCUACCUACAACAACGCCCUCAUCCAACACAAUAUCCUAGUCAAGGCUAAGAACUUCCUUGUCUUCCAGGGUGACGUUGAGGCAGUAGCCUCGCAGUCACCUAAAGACCUGUCAAGACUUAUAGACCAAAUCAGCGGCUCUUUGGAAUUAGCUGGAGAGUAUGAACGCGCAAAGGAAGCUCAGGAACGCGCCACGGAAAACGCGACGUUUAACUUUACGAAACGAAGAGGUAUUGCAGGCGAAAUCAAACAGUAUAAGGAACAGAAGGGCGAGGCAGAGAAGUUCGAGGAAAUGUGUGAACAACGGGACGAAUUAAUUCUGCAUCGUAUCUUGUUCAAGCUUUACAACAUACAAGAAUCCCUCGCCGCUCAUGCGCACGAAAUCAGGAAUGCGAAUGAGGCUUUGGUCGGACUCCGAGCCGAACAGGAGAAAUGCGAAGAGGCGUUGAAUGGUGCUCGCGCUGAGCAGGCCCGUGCACGAAAUGAAGUUGUGCAGAAGGAGAAGAAGAUCAAGAAAGCAGAGAAAGCACUCGAAUCCAAGAAACCGGAUCUCGUGCAAGUUGAAGCUCAGAUAGCUCAUUCAAGAAGGAAGAGAGAUAAUGCAGCGAAGAUCACUGAACAGGUCGAGAAGGACGCUGAGAAACAACGCCAGAAACUCGACACGCUCAAGAGGGACUUGGCUGCAGUUCAGAGAGCUGCGGACGAAGCUCAAGAGGCUUCACGAAGAGCAGCUCAGCACACAAUGUCGCUCAGUGAGGAGAGUCUAGAAGAAUAUCGCAGGCUGAAAGCUCAGGCAAGCGUCUUGGCCGUUGACGAGAGGCAAUCUCUCGAAACGCUCGCUCGAGAUGAGAAGACAGCCUCGCGAGGGCUGACCCAGCUCAAAGAAAAGCAUGAGUAUCUUACCAACAAAGUUGCCAAGUUGGAAGAGGACGAGGCCACCCAGCGACAGAAGCGUGCUGAACUCGAGGAGAAAGUCGCUGAGAUCACCGCAGAACUGACCAAAGCCCGACAAGAGUUGGAUAAUCAACGUACGGAACGUAUUCGCAUUCAGCAACUUGAGGCCCAGACGAACGAGAAACUCAUGGACGUCCAUAACAAGCUCCUCCAAGCUGGCGUAGAUCAACGCGAGUCUGAACGAGAAGUCAGACUGAAAGAGUCGCUUGCUAACUUGCAGAGACUCUUCCCCGGUGUCAGGGGACGCGUCAUUGAUUUGUGCAAGCCUACACAGAGGAAGUAUGAAACUGCCGUUGAGGUGGUUCUUGGUCGGAAUGUUGAUGCUAUUGUGGUUGACGAGGAGAAGACAGCUAUCGAUUGUAUCGAGUACAUGCGUAAUCAACGUGCGGGACAGGCAACGUUCAUUCCACUCGACACCAUUCAGGUGAAGCCUAUCAAUGACAAAUUCCGCUCAUUCGCCAAAGGCGCUCGUCUCGCGGUCGAUGUCAUACAGUACGAAUCCGCAGUGGAACGAGCGAUUCAUCAUGCGUGUGGAAACGCCCUUGUCUGUGACACUUUGGACGUCGCUCGGUAUAUAUGCUACGAGAAGGCCCAGGAAAUCAAGGCUGUGACGCUUGAGGGGACGGUUAUUCACAAGAGUGGUCUCAUGACUGGUGGUCGGAGUACGAGGGAUAGCGGGCGGAAAUGGGACGAGAAAGAUGUUCAAGGCCUCCAACGCGUGAAGGACAAACUACUUUCCGAUCUACGAGAGCUCAAUAAGUCGAAGCCCCGUGGGAAGCAGGAAGAUGUCCUUGUUGCGGAGAUUACGAGACUCGAACCUGCCCAUCAGGUUGCUCGGGAUGAUUUGAGUGCUUGUAAACUUCGCCUGACAGGUAUCAAAGAUGAGAUAAAACAUGUCAAGAGCGAUCUCAGGAAGCUUGACCCGGAGCUUCGAAACGCCCAGAAGAAAUACGAUGCUCUAAAAGAACAAAUGGACGCACUUUCCGCCGUCAUCUAUGAAGCCGAAGACGAGAUCUUUGCUGACUUCUGUAGGGAUAUUGGCGUGUCCAAUAUUCGCGAGUACGAAGAACGUCAGCUGAAAGCGGCCGAAGCCGAGAGUGUUGCAAGAUUGCAGUUCGAUACUCAGAUCGCCCGACUACGGCAUCAAAUUCAAUUCGAGGAGGAGCAACUAAAGGCUAUUGAAGAACGGUUAAAUGCUCUACAGAGCACUAUAGAGACGCAAGAUGCUAAUCUUCAGCAGUAUGCGCAGACGAAGGAUGCCUUACAAGAGGAAAUCGAGCAGGCUGAUGAAACUAUCGAGGAAAUGCGAGAAGACCUCAAAGAUUCAUCGGAACUACUGGAUGAGAAAACUAAGAAGGUCGAACAAGCAAAGAAAGUCGCAUCCAAGGCAAUCAAGGCAGUAGAUCAGGUUCUCAAGGAGAUUGCUGUCAAGAAUGACGAAAUCGAGAAACUCGGUCUGGAACGUUCUGCAAUGUACCGAAAAUGCCGCCUAGAGGAGAUUCAAUUACCCCUCCUUGGUGGUAACCUCAAGAAUGUUCCUAUGGAGGAGAACUUGCGCGAGGAAGUAGCUAUGGAUGUCGAUGAGGAUGAGAACACCACUCAACGUCCCAAGCGAGUACCAGACUACGGCGUUGAGGUUGACUUUGAUGCUUUGGAGGAAGACGAACGAGAGGCGGACGUCAACGAAAAGCUUGCCGAACUGGACACUGCUAUUUCGAAGCUUAAUGCUGAUAUCGAGAGAAUGGCUCCAAACAUGAAGGCAAUGGAUCGAUUGGACGAUGUCGAAUCUAAACUCGUCGAAACCGAGAAAGAAGCUGACAAAGCUCGGAAAGAGUCCAAGACUGCCCGUGACCAGUUCAACGAUGUCAAACGGCGAAGAUGUGAGCUGUUCAACAAGGCUUACGCUCACAUUUCCGAGCGCAUCGAUCAAGUCUACAAGGACCUUACCAAGGGCAAGGCAGCUCCCAUGGGAGGUGUUGCAUAUCUCACUUUGGAGGACAGCGAGGAACCAUACGCCGCGGGUGUCAAAUAUCACGCCAUGCCUCCCAUGAAACGCUUCCGUGACAUGGAACAGCUGUCUGGCGGUGAAAAGACCAUUGCAGCCUUAGCAUUGUUGUUCGCCAUCCACAGUUACCAACCUUCGCCCUUCUUCGUCCUGGACGAAGUAGACGCUGCUUUGGAUAACACCAAUGUGGCAAAGAUCGCAAACUACAUUCGUUCCCAUGCUUCGGAGGAUUUCCAGUUCAUCGUAAUCAGUCUCAAGGGCUCGCUUUACGAGCGCAGUAGUUCCUUGGUUGGUAUAUACCGAGACCAGGAAGUGAACAGCUCAAGAACAUUGACUCUCGAUCUUACACAAUAUGCCGAUUGAGAUACCAUCUAUACCCUCACCUUUUCGUCCUUCCUAUGUAUUCUGAGUCUGACAUGCUUUUGUUUUGCAAAUCACAGAAACCAUUGAAAGUAUAGUACGAAUGUAGCAGUAAGAUAAGAAUAAUAUAAACGACAUGCAAAUGCAAGGAGAAGAAAGCGAUCCGAACCAACCAUGAGAAUAUGAUACACAAUCAAAGCGACGAGUAGCAGGAACUGAAAGAGUCCGAAGUAUAAAAACUAUACACUAUAACGCCUCACCGAAGUUGUCACGCCGAAGUCGAAUUCCAAAAGUGUCGUUGCUUUCUUCACGAAGAAGGGGUGGAGGACGUGUGGUAUUCUGGCUCUCACCAAUGGAAGUCAGAGUAGUAUCCUCUUGGUGGGGCAUGUAAGGAGUGCCGAUGGACAUAUGGGAAGUGAGUGUAGGUGGCGCAGGGAAAUCAGAAAGACCGGACAUGCGAGAACCAGUAUCAGAAGUCAUGUAGCUCGAACGAGCUGCAUCAGGAGUGAGUGGACUGAGGUUAAAUUGCGAGGAAGGGAUUCGAGCAGACGCAAGGUCGCUGCCAAGAUGACGGUCGUGUUCUUCGUCAUCUACGAUGAGAGACAAACGAGUCGAGAACC